AACAAAAUUCAAUAUGAUGAAGAUGAUGAAGGUGACCAGACCUAGGUAGGGUCCACACGGUUUAAACAUUUUGAAAUGUAAAAUAAUUGCUUAUUAGCUUCCUCAGUCAAACCGUGUGGACCCCGGCCGGCCAAGUAAUACUGUGCAGGCUUGGCCAUCAUCAAUAAUCUCAAUACGCAGAUAUAAAUCUAGAAAAAGAAAAAGUGAGAGACAGAAACUGGGAGAGCUGAGUUUCAAUUCAUUCUUCAAUUACUUUCCCUUCAUCUGGCCACCAAAACAACUUCCACAAGUGUAAUAAUGCCUCAACAAGUGUUCAUGGUGGGUAACACCAAUGCAUUGGCAGAAAUUAAGAACAAGCUCACCAACCUGUCAAUUAAAGAAAGAGAAGUCAUCUCCAUCACUGGAAUGGGAGGUAUCGGGAAAACAACUUUAGCAAAAAAAGUAUAUGAAGAUGAACGCAUCAAGCGUCAUUUUGACAUUCGAGCAUGGAUUACUGUGUCUCAAUCUUACUCCUUGGAUGAUUUGCUCCAAAAGCUCCUCCAAUCAAUUGAAGCUUAUUCUCCAACAGAAGGGCAAUUUGAAGGAACCUUCGAACUCAAGGAUAAAGUCCGUAAGUUGUUGCUGGGCAAGAGGUAUCUAAUUGCAAUAGAUGACAUAUGGAAUACACAAGUUUGGGAUGAUUUGCAGAUAUGCUUCCCAAAAAAGAGAAAUGCCAGUCGAGUAUUGUUAACAACUCGACUCACAUAUGUGGCUACUCAUGCUAGUUCUGGUGGUCUCCCAUUUAGCAUGCCUACCCUAAGCGAAGAAGAAAGUUGGGAUCUUUUUUGCAAACAAGUAUUUGCAAAACAAGAAUCUUGUCGUCUUCCUUCUAAUGAAUUUGAGAAAAUUGGGAGAGAUAUUGUGAUGAAAUGCAAAGGAUUACCACUCUCAAUUAUGGUGAUUGCUGGGAUUCUAUCCAAAGCUGAAAUGAAGGUGGAAGAUUGGGAAAAUGUUGCCAGAGAUGUAGCAUUAUCCUCAACUUUAUAUGAGGAACAAAAUUGUGAGGAAAUACUUUUAUUGAGUUAUAACCACUUGCCUGAAAAUUUGAAGACUUGCUUCCUAUAUUUAGGAGUAUUUUCAGAAGAUUAUGAGAUUCCAGUUGGAAGAUUAGUUGGACAUUGGGUUGCUCUGGAAUUCAUAGAAGAUGAGGCUUUGGUGGCAAACAAGAAAUUAGAAGAAGUGGCAUGGCAAAAGUUGCAAGAUCUUAUUGAUAGAAAUUUAAUUUUGGUGGAAAAAAGGGGAUGGAGUGGAAGAAUAAAGAGGUGUAAGAUGCAUGAUCUUACGCGUGAGAUGUGCUUGAGACUAGCUAAAGGCAAAAAUAUAUUGCAUAUCGUUGAUGACAAGUUUCAAGAUGGACAGUUCUCCAAAGAAAUAAGUCAAGAAAAUGGAAAUUUUUGGGUAAGCCUACAAUCAAUUUCUAAUACAUAUCACGCGUAAGAUCAUGGAUCUUACACGUCUUUAUUCUUCUACUCCGUCCUCUUUUUUCUACCAAAAUUAAAUUUCUAUCAAUAAGAUCUUGCAACUUUUGCC